UCGGAGGGAACGGCAAUAUUGGAUAUCCUAUCCAACCGUUACAACAAAAUGAAAGGCAAAGUGAAGGCAGAAUUUAUCCUAAACGGAGUGACUGUGAACACCAAACGUCUCUCACAAAUGCUGUCAUAUGUGAGUCAAGACACUGCUCUGUGUCCCGACAUGUCUACCCGUCAGGCAUUGCUUUUCACAUCUUUAGUUCAAAGACCGGCAAAAAAGAGUUCGUUUGACACUAAAAAGCGAACCAACGCUUUGCUCGAGGAGUUAGGGCUGAGCGAAGUCCGUCACACCUGUAUUAGCGAUCUGACAGACGCUGAGAAAAAGCGUUUACUCAUUGCUAUUAACCUAUUGUUAGACACAGAUAUACUACUCCUGGAUCAGCCCACCAAAGGAAUGGACAUCUUUGACACAUUCUUCUUAGUUGAAUAUCUUAGACAAUGGGCGCUCAUUAGCGGCAGAUGUGUUAUAAUGACAAUCAGUCCAUCGACUUAUGAGAUCUUUACAAUGCUCUCCAGAAUUGCAUUGAUUUCUUCGGGAAGAGUAGUAUAUUUUGGAAAAAGGGGUGAAUUGUUGACAUAUUUCGCACAAAUAGACUUUCCGUGUCCGGCAUUCAAGAAUCCCAGUGACUAUUAUCUAGAUUUAGUCACUCUCGACAAUCUUAGCUCAGAAGCAAUGCUAGAAUCGAGUCAAAGGAUUGAAAGCUUAGUUGAAUUGUAUGCAAGAAGAAACAAUAGCGCCAUUUCAGCACCCGGUCCCCCAUCCAUAACACCACCACCCGUUCAGAGAGCAAAUAUUUUCAUUCAAUUUCUCGCUCUUUGGAUACGAGCGAUGAUUUUCACGUUUCCCUAUAAUGUGAUACAUAUGUUCUUCAAACUGUUGAUUGCAUUAUGUUUAUCAGUGAUGUGUGGAGUGAUAUACUGGCACGUGAGGAGUGGAAGGGAACAGGAAUAUAUUUGGGACAGAAUCGGCUUUUAUCACGCAAUCCUCACUAUAUUCACAAUACCUUUGCUAUUAAUUGAAAUCAAAGACGUUCACAAAGAAAAACAAUAUGUUUUAAACGAAGUGAAACUUCAAUUUUACGGCAAAACCUCGUAUCUGAUUUCAAAACUCAUAUAUUCUUUACCUCAAGCGCUGAUAGUUUUUAUGGCUUUCUCACUGCCGGCCUGUUCUAUGGCUGGACUUCAACAAAAUCUAUCAAUUUAUUUGCUGCUUAUGAUCGCCUAUUUGCUGACACUAAGAAUGAUUGCAAUGGCAGUCGUUUGGACAUUCAAUAGACGGUCGACCAGUGCUGUUGUGUUGGCGUUAAUAUUGUCGCUCAUAUUCUUGAGUUCCGGCACAACAUUUCACUACAAAGACCUAUCAAUCGGCACGCGUUGGCUAAACUACAUGUCGCCGACACGUUGGGCUCAUGAGGCUCUCAUAAACUGGGAAUUUGAUAACAACUCUACUCUUUCGCCUCCAUUCCUCUGCAGCCGUAACCCAAUAGUACAGCAGCCGAACGCCAUUCUGGUCAGAGCCGACUGCGGACUACAAUCUAAGGCCAAUAUAUUGAAAUGGUUUCGAUAUAAAAGCGCUCAACAAACUGGUUCCUCAUUAAGACCCGUUUGGCACCCAUUCGUUGCAUUUGCAGCUAUUUUCGGCAUCUUUAUGGUCGUCGGUUGUGCUUUGUUUUGUCUUUUGGCCAAAAGGAAAUCAUUCAAAUAUAAGACAAAAACAUAAAACUUUAAAAUCAAUACUUUCGAUAAAACAAUUAAAGACAGGUUUUGUUAAAUAAUAAAAUAGCGCAC